CAGUCAAAGCGAGACUUGGAGGCAAGGCUAGAAAAAAACACCUUCAGUCAGGAAGGAAAACUUCCACUUCUGUCUCCAACAGGAAAACAGAACGAGGAUUUUCAGGUCUCGUUCAGAGGAGUCGCUGAUGCCAGUCGAUGGUCUCUAGGAGAGCGCGUGACUCAAAUUAUGCCAGGCCCCAGUGGAGAAGUCCAAAAGCGGAAUCCUUUUGUGAAAGUGAAGGAAGAGAGUCUGGAUAAGGAGGAUCAGGGCUUUUUUCCAGCAGGUUCUCCCUGGAUCUGAGAUCCGGUACCUCUGAAAAAAGAUCAUGUGCCUGGUGGCCCCGCCCCCGGCACCCAAAGACCCGUGGAUCAUCGCCCCUCACAUGUGAUAAUAGAGAGAUCCACCACCUCUUUUCCCAGAAAAAAAGCCCUGAGGAGGAUACCAUCAGCCCAGAGAUGUGGCACCAGCAGCUCUGGUACCAGGAGGCCAAGGGGCCCAGAGAGACAGGCCUUCUGGGAGGCCCUACAGCGCACUGUCCCAAAUCAGAGCAGGAGCCAUCACGCACUGACAGGAUGUGGCUCUCCAGGAAGGCCAAACAGGAGCAUGAAGGGGUGGCUGGAGCACUGGCAGAUGAUGAGAAAGUGAGGGGAAAAGAGGAGAUGAAUCUUCAUUGGGGAAGACCUUGGCAAGUGGUACUCAAUGAGACAUUAUUGGAGGGAAACAAGCAGAAUGUCUUUCCAUUUUGUGACCAGGAAAAGGUGCCUCCAAAUAAGCAGGAGGUAGAAAGAGGGCUGAAAAGCCAUCCAGGGAAAGCAGCUAAGCAAGUCUUUCUUUAUGAGGAAGAUUUACUUGAAGAGGAAAUCUGCGGUCACAAGAGAGUCAAGACAGGUACUGAUGAAAGCGUCUGUCUUCGCUUUCAUAAGGAUCAGAUCAUGCAAAUGGAAGACAAAUGUUAUAAAUGCUCACACUGUGGGAAAAUUUCCAGUUGCCGAACACUCCUUAUUAAACAUGAGAGGGUCCACACUGGAGAGAAACCUUACAGAUGCACCAUCUGCAGCAAAAGUUUUGGUCAAAAAGAAUACCUUCUUAUUCAUGAGAGAAUCCACACAGGAGAAAGACCAUAUAAAUGCCUAGAUUGUGGCAAGACCUUUAAUAAGAAAGCAGCCCUGAGUAACCAUGGGAGAACCCAUACAGGAGAGAAGCCGUAUGAAUGUUCAGACUGUUGGAAAAGCUUCAGCACAAAUUCUCAUCUCAUAAGGCACAUCCGAGUACAUACGGGGGAGAAACCAUAUAAAUGUUCGCUCUGUGAGAAUAGCUUCAGUCAGAGGUCAGAUCUUGUCAUUCGUGAGGGGACUCACAGUGAUGAGAAGCCGUAUAAAUGCCCUGAGUGUGAGAAAAGCUUCAAUUCUAGAUCCAACCUCACUCAGCACAAGGAGGUACACACAGGAGAGAAACCAUACAAGUGCUCAGAAUGUGGGAAACACUUCAGCAAAAGCUUCAAUCUUAUCGAACAUAAAAACAUUCACACAGGAGAGAAGCCAUACAAGUGUGCUGAGUGCCAGAAAAGCUUCAUUUCAAUGUCCAACCUGAUACAUCACAAAAGAACUCACACAGGGGAGAAACCGUAUGAGUGCUCAGAGUGUGCGAAAAGUUUUGGUACUCGAUCCAAGCUGGUAGAAUAUAAAAAUAUACAUAGGGGUGAGAAGCCCUACAGUUGUUCCAGCUGUGACAAAAGUUUCAUUUCAAGUUCUAACCUCAUCAACCAUAAAAAGGUACACACGGGAGAGAGACCAUACAAAUGCCUUGACUGUGGGAAAAGCUUCACUCGUAGGUCCAAACUGGUACAGCAUAAAAGGAUUCACACAGGAGAGAAACCGUAUGAAUCUUCAGUCUACAGGAAAAAACUUCCGUCAGAAAUCAUGCUUGGUUAAACAUGAGAAAAUGCACGCAGGUGCUGAAAUUAUAUAAAGGAAUAUGUUAGGAAAAUAUAACCCAGAGUUUAAAGGCCUAAGGACAAGAGCGGAGAUUUAUGAGCGCUGAACAACUGUGAGGAGGGCAUAAUUUGCAAAGGAGAAGCAGCAACCUUCACCCUCACUGGCCAUUUUUCCUCAGCAGGUCUCUCCUCCCUUCAUUUCCCCCUCAAACCAGAGUUCCAAGCAUCUGUCAUAUAUCAGAUGGAAAGCAACCCUGGGGAGGGUGUUUCAGGGAAAGACAACCAGGGAAGGAUUAAGCGACUCCCUCAACACCCCCACCCCAUCUCCACAGUAGAUCUUGUCCUCUGCUAGUGGUCUUGUAGUUGUUUGGGGGUAGCUCUGGUCUGCAGCCAGCCAUGCAGUUCAGUCCCAAGUAUCUAGAGUCUGAGGGAAAGCAUCUGUCAUACUUGUCCCACUAGACGAUUCAUAGGAGCAAAGAAAUGAAACUGUACAGCAAAGGAGAGCCCUGUUAAAGAUUGGUUAUAAAAGUGUUGGGUGCUCAAAGGAGGAUCCAGUCUAUGUCCCUAUAGUAGGCUGAGGUGGCACAGUCCUGAGGAUGCAGAAUGGACUGUACCAUUUCAACCUAUGGAAGGAUUCACUGGACAGGUAAUUCAGUUGCGCGAUUCACAGCCAGUGGAGACAGCAAUGGCCACAAGUAUAGAUGACAUUAAGUGGGAAUUAGAUUCAUGAAGGAGGGGUCCAUCAAUGGCUGCUUUUCAUGGUGACCAAAAAGAACCUCCUCAUCCAGAGGCAGCGAACCUUUGAAGUACCCGUGCUGGAAGGCCACAUCAGUGGAAAGUCUUGGCCUCUAUUCCCUGUCCAAAAGCAUCUGAUUGUCCUCUCUGUGACUAGACUAGAUUGAUCCCUGAUCUGAUCCCACAGGGCUCUUCCUACGUUCUUAUGCAAGCAAGGAAUGUAAUGUCUUGACUCUCCCUCUUAGAAAAAAACAAACCUGUAAUGAUAAAACUAGCAGAUUCUAGAUUUUCCCCUGCUGUGCUAGUUUUCUACAGAAAUCCAGUGUGGUGCAAUGGUUAAGAGUGUCAGGCUAGGAUCUAGGAAAUCCAGGUUCAAAUCUCCAUUCUGGCAUGGAAACUUGCUGUGUGAUCUGGGGCCAAUCAUACCCACUCAUCCAAACCUACCUCACAGGGUUGCUGUGAGGAUAAAAUGAAGGCGAUGAGAAUGAUGUAAGCUGUUUUGAGUCCCCAUUGGGAGAAAGGCAGGGUAUAAAGUAAGUAAAUGCUUGCAAGGGGACUUCUUCGAUUCCAAGUCUGAGUAGUACAGUCCAUUUGGCUACUUUAUAUAAUCUCACCACCAUAGGUAACAUGCUGCAGAAUUAGGGGGUAAAGUUAUAUGGUGGUGGAGUGGCAGGUGCUACUUCAGACAGCGGCAAAAGAAAUUGGGUUUUUUUAAUGCUCGCUCUUGCAAAGAGAGCAGAAAACUAAUAAAGCAGGGGGCAGAACUCAAAACCUUUCUCUCGGAUGUGCUAGGUGUUGUUUUUUUCCCCAUUUCCAGGCAAUUUUUCCCAAGGGGGAGCUUUUCACAGUGAUCCUUCCACCCACAGCCUGAAGGGGCAUAGUCUAUUCUGUUGCUUCAUUCUGCUGCCUGCUGACAUGAGACUCCCAACUGCUUCUGAGACAUGAAAGUAGCCCUUUCUGGUAAAUUUUGGUCCCUAAUACAUUCAACGCUGGUGUGGGCGUGUAGGAAUCUGAAGAUUUUGUUCCAAAGCUGUUGCACCAUUGGGAAAAAUUCCACUCAUAUUGCACUUUAAAAACAGAGAGCAAGACUGGAUUUUUUAGGUUGAUUGUAUUUUUAACCAUGUUUAAUAUACUCAUUUAUAUGUAAUUUCCCCAGCAUUU